CGUAUGCUUUUAAGUAAACUAUCUUAGGUGUGUAAUUGGCCUAUGCACUUCACAAACACGAUGUUGCAAGAAGCUGAUCGUUCUAGAGACAAGUAGCCAGACGUGAAAAGCAACGAUGUCUGCCGCUUCUAAAAAGAAUGACCCAUUCCACUUCGAUGAGAUUUAUAAGCAGGCUGGGCUUGAAGACCUGUUUGUCAAGAAGACGAUGGGAGAGCUUAAACAGAAGCCAUCGGCUGGGCCUGUGCCUUCUUCCUCACCUAUUCGGCCUGCUGCUGCUACAACGGCGCCCAGGGCCCCGCCCAACGCCGUAAACUUCGAUUUGGACUUUUUGACCACAAUAGCAACGUCGGGCGCUGCGUCUCCAAGCCUGUCAAAGCACAGCAGUGCAUCCAACUUGACAGCUUCCGCUGUACAGCAGCAGAACCAAGUGGGUCCUAAGAGUGCGGGCCCCUCUGUAAAGCUCCUGGAUGACCCCUUCGCGCUGUUCGAAGAAGUCCCAGGAGCAGCUGCCCCUCAGAAGCACACAACCCCGACAGCACCGGCAGUACCAGCGGCGAGCGGAGGAGGGAUGCUGCUGGACUUCGAUGACGUUCAUGCCUCCAACCUGAUCUCGCCGACAGCAGCCCCUGCAGCGCUGGCGCAGGCUCAGGCGGCCCCGCCGCCUCCGCCCCAGCAGCCCAUGCGGGUGGCACCUUCUACAGGAUUCCAGAUGGAAAUGCCGGAGCAGCGCCCGCCGCCACCUAACUACUCCGACCACACAGAGCACCAGACGGCACCCCCGGGCUCAGCGGCUGCCAUCCGGCCAGCCCCCGAUGCCGAUGCAAGCGGCGCUGGGAUGUCCAUGGCAUCGCCGCCAGGGGCCCUCACGCGGAAGGAUCAUCCCAGCGGAUAUGCACAGUUCCCUUCAUCCUCCUCUUCUGAAGCUAUAGACUACCGCCAGCAUCGCGCCACCCACGGCCGUGACCAGCCACAGUCCACUCCGCAACAUCACCAAGAUGCUCUCAAGUAUUCCCAGCAGUACGGCUACGCCGUGGCUGAUGGCCUAGAGGCCUCCCAGCCAUCCAACUCAUCGUCAUCGUUUAACUGGAGCCACACGCCCGCCGGCAGCGGUAUCUCUGGUUACCUGAAGGCCUUUGGGAAGAAGGCGGUUCGUGCGGCCAAGGCGGGGCUGGCGCAGCUGGAACACGCGCUGGAGGGACUGGACCACCAGCAGCACUCACAAGGCGGCACACGGCCUGCGUCGGCGUAUGGGGCGGGGCAAGGCCGAAGCGAUGCCGAGGUGGCUGAGAUCAGCAACGACGAGGCGCUGGCCUGGGCCGUGCGGCUGGCGGACCUGCCGCCCCAUGCGCAGCAGCAAGAGCUGUCACACAUGCCACCACCGCUGCGGCGUCGAGUGAUCGAGGUGUUGCGAGAGCAGGACGUUACGUCACAAGGGCAUCACAUCGGAGCGCCGCCGCAGCCACCAGCUUACGGUGAAGCCGUACAGCACCCAGCCGCGCCGCCGCGGCCAGCGCAGCCACAACCUACACCGCCACCGCCGCCGCCGCCAGAAGCAACCGACCUCCUGGGCCUCGGCAGCGGCGAGCUGCCGUCCAACCCCAGUGUAGCCCCCGCCGUCGCGGCCGCCGCGCCAGUCGUCGAUGAUCUGCUGGGUUUCGGCGAUGAGGCCACACCGCCUCGGACCGCCCCUUCCGCCGUACCCUUACCCGCCACUCAGGCUCCGACUGCAACAGCCAUGAGUAACCUCAGUCCUCCCACGAGCCUUAGUGCCACCGCUGUUGCACCGGCACAGCCACCGCCACCACCUUCAGCGGUACACGUUGAUGAUAUUGAUGAUUUCUUCUCUGGAGGAAAAGUUGCACCCGCCGGCCCCAGCAGUAGCGGGGUUGGUGUCGCCAUGCACGCCAGCUCUUCGGCGCCCAACCGUGUUGCGCCCCGGACCGCCGGUGGUGGGAUUACUAUCCCCGCUGCAACCAACAACAAGGGCAGUGCGGGAGAGCUCGCGGACAUGCUGCACGGCAGCGACGAUGAGGGCGGCGCGGAUGUGGACGUGUCGGGGUACGCGGAUCUGUACAAGGGCGAGCAGGGCUCGGCGGAUGAGCCGGAGAUCCGGAGACGGUUGCGGGCGCAGCGUGAGGCGGCCAAGCACGCCAAGAUGAAGGCGGCCCUGGCUGAGAAGCUGGCCAUGGAGGCGGAGGAGGCGGCGAGGAGGGAGCAGCAGGUCACUCUCAAGGACCGGUACAAGGCGGACAUUGAAGCAUGGAAGAACAAGAACAAGGGUAACAUCCGCGGCCUGCUGGGCUCCCUGCAUACGGUGCUGUGGCCCGACAGCGGCUGGGCGCCCGUCAGUGUGGGGGACCUGCUAGAGCCGGGGCAGGUCAAGCGUGUUUACAUGCGUGCCAACCUGCUGGUGCACCCGGACAAGGUGAGACAGCGCAAUGGCUCCGCAGAACAGGUGGCCAUUGCGGAUAUGGUGUUUGAUGUGCUCAAGGACGCUUGGAACGUGUUCAGGUAG